AUGAAGGGCGACAGUUGGUCCUCGCCAGAUGGAAAGAUUGGUAAACAAAUAGUUUCAGUCGGCGAAUUUGGGUCUAAACCCACCGAGAAUAGCCAGUGUAAGGUUCUUAUAUCAGAUACCAACACGUACCUAAAAGAUUUGUCAUCAGUGACUAUAGGUCAGCAAGAUGGUGAAUUAUGUCGAUCUCUAGAUAUUUGUUUAGUUACAAUGUAUAAAAACGAGAUCGCCCAAUUCAACGUCAAUGGCACAUCUUUUAGAGUCCAUUUACAGGAUUUCACUAGUGAGAAACUCAUCUGUCAUUGUACGGCGGAUGAGAAGGUUGCACUUGCACUCAAGCACAAGAGUAUAGGUGUUGAAUUGUUUAAAACGAGUAGGAACAAAGAUGCUGCCUAUAGAUUUAACAAAGCUUUGAAAAUAUUACAUUCCAUUCCAUUAGAUGUAGAAGUGCCGCCGGAAACUGUAGACAAUAUCCUUGUUGAAGAACUGAACAAAUUAAAAGGGACGCUGUACAACAACUUAGCUUCUUGUUAUUUUAAAAAUGAAUCAUGGACAUUGGUUAUUGACUUCUCGAAGAAGGCCCUAUUAUAUGAUAGUAAUAACGUAAAGGCAUUGUACAGAUUAGCAGUUGCUUAUAAAAAUGACAAGGACUUUGAAAAUUCGUUUAACAUGUUUAAGAAAUUACUGGAACUGGAUCCAAAUAAUAGAGCUUGUAGCGAACAUUUAAAAUAUGUCAUUGCACAAAUUAAAAAGGCAGAAGAGAAUACCAAUAUUAUGGUGAAAAAUAUGUUUAAGAACUCUCAUAGCACGACAUGAAGCCGUGCUAUUUUAUAUUUUCCAUAUUUUCAGUGAAACUUGAAAGAAUUUCUUUUCUCUAUAAAUUUUCGCAUAAAUAUUAAUGUCAUCCAUUUACACAAUAUUUACAUAUUAUAUUAAGUUUAAUUUAUAUAUACAUUUAUAUAUUGUAUUACAUUUACAGGAAAUUUUGUUUCUUAAUGAGAUUUUUCACCUACGUCUGGCGUAUACAACUGUAUUUAUUGUGAAAAUUUAGACUAGACAAAUUGUACAUAUUUUAUUUGUAAAUAAAGAUUACUAAUUAAAUCUCUAUAAUCAGUA